UCACCCAGCGCCCCUUGCAGGAACAACACGGGGCAACUAUUACAUAAUAGCAGACGCUUCAGUUAACCGGCAUCCUUCCAGUAUGCAUUGCACAGCCUAAAAGAAGAACAAGCACAUGCCCAAACUACUGAGACGCCUGACCAGUUUCUAGAAACAGAUAUCUUAGAGAAAGCGACGAAAUGUUCCUGUACGUUGUAGUUCUCAUAGUCUUGUUCUAUGUGUAUCGGUGGUUCAGAGAACUGGGACGAGUUCCCAAUAAAUCUGAGAAGUCUGUGUACAUCACGGGCUGCGACACAGGUUUUGGGAAUCUCCUGGCCAAACACCUGGACACAAAGGGUUUCCGUGUCAUCGCUGGCUGCUACACGGAGAAGGGAGAAGUUGAGCUGAAGAAGUGCUGCUCUGACAAACUCACAACGCUGCAUUUGGAUGUGACCGAUAAUUAUAGCAUCAAAAAAGCCGCAGAAACCAUUAAAACCCUGGUGGGAGAGAAGGGUCUGUGGGCCGUGGUCAACAACGCUGGGAUCUCUUUCCCAACUGCUCCCAAUGACUGGCUGGAAACUGAGGACUUCAAACAAAUGAUCGAUGUCAAUCUGAUCGGGGUUGUUGCCAUCACUCUGAGCGUGUUGCCGCUCAUUAAGAAAGCCAAGGGCAGAGUGGUCAAUGUGGCCAGUGUGUUCGGAAGGAUUAGUACUGUGGGAGGAGCGUACUGCAUUACUAAGUAUGGAGUAGAGGCUUUUAAUGACAGUCUGAGGAGGAACAUGGCACCGUUUGGAGUGAAGGUUUUAUGCAUUGAACCUGGAUUCUUCAAAACAAGCAUUUCUGACCCCACUAUCUAUGAGAGUCAUUUGCAGAGAUUAUGGAAAAGGUUGCCUCAGGAGGUCAAGGAUGAGUAUGGCAGUGAUUUCAUAGACAAAACAAAGCUGGUGAUUAAGGAGAAGAUUGAGAAGAUAUUGGAUCCAGAUCUGAUGAAGGUGGUGAGCUGUAUGGAGCACGCUGUGGCUGCGGUCCAUCCUCGUAGCAGAUAUUCUCCAGGCUGGGAUGCCAAGCUCUUCUGGCUGCCUCUCUCCUACAUGCCAACCUUCAUCUCAGAUGCUUACAUCUUAAAAAAUGCUGUUGAGCCAAAAGUUUCAGUUCUGUAAGCAUAAACAGCCACUUCUCUAUGCUGCACCUAUGCAGCAUAUUGAUGGAAUAAACCAUAUUUUCUUAUUUGAAUGCAAAUUUAAUUUCAACUCAAUAUUUUUAAACUCCGUUCUUCUAAGGCAUUUAGAUUGUAGAAAUAAAUUUAAUACAGAGAAUCUUGACUUUAACAUCUUUAGGCAUUAUUUUGAACUCAAGGCCCACUCAUUUUAAAUGCAAAAAACGUAAUUUAAUUGACAUGAAGGCAUUCUCAAGCAAACUGAAAAACAGCGUGCACAAAAUAUUUGUGCGAGAUUCUAGUAUGUAUUCUCUUAAUGGAUAAAAUAUGGUAUUUCUGAAGAAAAUUAUUAGAAAAAUAUAAUUAUCAAUAAUGGACAUGAAAAGGACCCUAAUUAUAGAAUUAGAAUGCUUUAUUGUCAUUGUACUCAAAAUACAAUGAAAUUGCAGAGCUUCUGCGUAAGGUGCGUGGUACAGUACAUAAUAGACGAAAGAAACUAAAAAGAAAUAUAUAUGAUACAAAAGAGAUGUACAAUUACAAUAUUUAAGCUAAGACAAGAGAACAAGGAGAAUGAAAUAGAAAUAAUUGUUUGUGUCUAAUAAUAGAUAAAUAUUAAGUGACAGCUUGUUAAAAUGAUAAUUGCGCUGAUAUGAAACCAAGAAUGACCCAUAUGUGAAUCAGUUAAAACUUUAUUGUAAUUGUCAUUUUUACAAUAUUGAAUAUAAAUAAAAACUAAAUUUUAAAA